AUGCCAGGGCGCCACACGGCCACCUCUCAGGACUCUGAAAAGCCCUGGAAGAAGACUCUUUGGAAGCGUCAAAAUUGCCAGGACAAUUACACGGACCGCACCUUCCUUCAACACCUGGUCAUCAACGCCUCCGUUCCCCCCCGCAGCUACUGGCCAGUAGCCCUCGCCUCCACUGCAGUCACCCAGCAGCUCAGCUGUGUGGUGGCGGCGGCCGCAGUGCCCCUGCACCUGCAUGCGGGCAGGCUGGGGGUGGGGACCGUACUGUUAACAUGCGGGCUGCUGCUGGCAUUAGGGUACGGCACCUGCGCGCUAUUGGGCGGCCAGUUGCUCGGCGGGUCUGUGGCACGUGGUGUACGGCAGUGUCUUCUCCUCGUGGGCGGAGUGUACGGCCUUGCGCCGCUGCUUCGCUCCUUGGCCGCGACCACCAGUACGGACUCCAUCGUAGCCCUGGCUGUGGCGGGCGGUGCCUUGCACCUGGCGCUGUACGACUACGCUUUCAUCACCCCCAGCGGCCUGGUCCCCCACGACCCCGACAUAAAGCUCACGGGCGCCCUGUCCCUCAGCUGCGCGGUGAUGUCGGCGGUACUGCUGGCUAGCCGGAUGAGGUCCGAGUUGGAGGUGUUUGCCCAAGUGUUGCUCUCCCUGGAGCUGUUCCUCCUUUCGCCGUACGUACGGCGGCACGUGAAACGUCAUUCCCUUGGCGCACACCUGGGCCUUACGGCCGCCAUGGUGGCGGGGACGGCGGGCCUGCUGCUGCCAGCUUCGCCGACAGCGGCGGCAAUAUACGGCGCCGCCGUGGUGGUGGUGACGUUUGCCGUACCAGCGUCCAUGGUUCGCGCACACAAGUUCAAGGCCAAGAUCAGUGGCCCCUGGGAUGAGGCGGCGCCGUACAUCCCGAGGGAACUUGUGCUACAGCCACGCCAGCAGCAACACUAG